CAAAUCUGACCUUGAAAACAGUGUGAUGCAGAAGAAAAUAAAAAUCCCCAAACUCUCUCUCAAUCACAUAGAAGAAGAUGGGGAGGUUAAAGAUUACGGGGAAGAAGAUUUACAGCUUAGACACAUCAAGAGACCCGAGGGGCGGAAGCCAAGCGACGUGGCACACAAGAGCAUUGAGGCCGUGGUGGCCCGGCUGGAGAAGCAGAACGGCCUGAGCCUGGGCCACAGCACAUGCCCAGAGGAAGUCUUCGUGGAGGCCUCGCCGGGCACGGAGGACAUGGACAGCCUGGAGGACGCCGCCGUGCCCCGGGCUCUGUAUGAGGAGCUGCUGCGCAACUACCAGCAGCAGCAGGAGGAGAUGCGCCACGUGCAGCAGGAGCUGGAGCGGACUCGCAGGCAGCUGGUGCAGCAGGCCAAGAAGCUCAAGGAGUACGGGGCGCUCGUGUCCGAGAUGAAGGAGCUACGCGACCUCAACCGCAGGCUCCAGGACGUGCUGCUCCUGAGGCUCGGCAGCGGUCCCGCCAUUGACUUGGAAAAAGUAAAGUCAGAAUGUCUCGAGCCCGAGCCGGAGUUACGGAGCACUUUCAGUGAGGAAGCAAAUACGUCGUCCUAUUACCCCGCUCCUGCACCUGUCAUGGACAAGUAUAUCCUAGACAAUGGCAAGGUCCAUCUGGGAAGCGGGAUCUGGGUUGACGAGGAGAAAUGGCACCAGCUACAAGUAACCCAGGGAGACUCCAAGUACACGAAGAACUUGGCAGUCAUGAUUUGGGGAACAGAUGUUCUGAAGAACAGAAGCGUCACAGGAGUUGCCACAAAAAAAAAGAAAGAUGCCGUCCCUAAGCCGCCCCUCUCGCCUCACAAACUAAGCAUCGUCCGAGCUCUUAUUCCCAGCCAGGCCCUCUACUGGGCACUGAGGACACAAAGAGGGAUAAGCACAGUCUCAUCUGUAAGGACUCAGUCUCUCAGGAAGAUGAACACAAGAACGGCCAGUUACUGCACAGACAACACAACUGACAGAGGCCAGCGAGUCUCAGCGGAAAGUGCAGGCAGCAGAACACCAUAGUGGUUGCUGAUUAUCUGAGCACCUACUGUUUCAGGUUCUGGGGUUUUUCUUAACAGUUGCAUUUUUUAAAAUACUUUUACAUGCACUCACAUCUAAUCCUCCUCAUACUCCUACUGUUGGCUACUCUCAUUAGCCCUGUUUCACAGCUGAGGACACUGAGACACAGCUGCCAAAUAACUUGCCCAGAUCAUAGAGCUGGUCGGGUGGAGCCAGUGGUCCAGGCGGGAGGCUGCCUUAGAAGCUGCAUUUCCAACCCCUGGUCUCUGUGUGCCCGGCUCUGAGUUUGUUGAAGAAAGUAGCACCCAGUCAACCCCCAGGUACACAUUGAGCAGGCCCCGUGGCAGGUGGGGGCAGCUGGCAGAUGUGUCUGUGAACAGGUCAGGUAAUUUCAGGUGCUGAUGAGGCUGUGAGGUGUCGCAGAUGAUGUGGUGGGAAGGAGAGGGCUGUGCAGCUGGUGGCGGGAGGCCUGUUUAAGGAGAGAAUGUGAGCUGGAAACAGGAUGUGCAGGGGGCAGCCCGGCGAAGGUCUGAGGGGUGCUGAACAGGCAGAAUAAAGAGCAGGCAGAAGGGCUGGCACGCUGAAGGGGUGAAGAAGCCCCAGUGGCCAUGGAGUGAGGGGAGAGGGAGGUCAGGGAGGUGGGCCAAAGCCAGUCUUGAGGCCAUGAAGGCCACGGUGAGCGGGCUGGAUUUAUCCACUUACAGGAGAAAGGCAGUGAGGUCCUCACAUGGUGGAGUAACCAGUGGGACAUGGGUUAGGAGGCUGGUGCAGUGGUCUCAGGAGAGGUGAUGGUAGCAUGGAGUAAGGUUGGCAUUGAAGGGAGAAGAAUGGCCAGAUUUGGGUAUAUUUUGGAGGUCAGGAGGCAGGACACAGACAUGGGUGACCAGCCUGAGGUCACAGCUAUAAGGUUUCAGCGCCUGGAUCUAACCCACUCCUCAAGACCCUGGCCUGGGGCUUGCACUGUAUAGCACGCUGCCCGCCUUGCCUGGCUAAGUCAUGAUUAAUUGAUUUUGGCAGCCACUUAUAUUUAGACAAUCAGAGGUAACCUUUAGUCAGCCCGCUGUCUGCAAUGGUGGAGCUUAAUUUGGGAGGUCACCCUAAGAUAGAGGCCUUCCUGGGGAGGCAGCCCUGGCCCACGUGAUAGGUGGCACACCUCUAUUUCCCUUAUUCAUGUUGUAAUGUGACUCAGCAGGUCCCAGGUGCCUUCAGAUGACUGGCUGCCCCACUAUCGCCACAGGGGUAUGAAGUCGCCUGCUGUGUGUCUGCCUCAGGCAGUAGUCUGACCACACCUGCUUCAUCUCCAGGUCCUCAUGCCUAGCUCAGGGCCUGCACACAGUAGGAGCACAGGGAAGGAGGGCUGACCAAGUGGAACCUUGAGACCUGACUGACCCUUGGUGUGAUUGCUUGUGAACCACUUUCCCCCCAGGUCUCAGUUUCCGCCACUGAAAACCUGCCUCUUAGGGCAGCUCAGAGGACUAUCUAGGAUUAAGUUUGGAAAUAGUUAUGUUUGAGGUGUGAGAAGUUAUCAACCUUUGCUGACCAGUGAGCUGCCUCUGUGUUGAAGUUCACGGUUGUUCGGCGCUUUUCAGCUGAGAGGCCCUCCCCGUUGGCUCCCUGUGCAGUGUGAUGGGAAUGGGAAUUGGGGGCAGGGGUCAGAAGCCUGGUGUUGAGCCCCAGCUCUGCUUUGGCUUAGCUUGGAGCUUACCCUGGUUCGUAGCAUUUGCUUUUGCUUCCCCAAGCCUAGUGCAGCGUCGGUACCAGGUAGAGGCGUGGUGUCUGCAUCUGUACAGCCAGGAUCACAUCCUUAUCCCGCCUCCCCGGUGGGCCAGAUGACGUCUUCACUGUGCUUUAACCCCAUUCAGAGGAUGUGCUGUGCCACACCUGCAGGCUCACCUGGAGCCCCCAUUCUCCUGCCUCUUGUCCAUGUCCUGAAAGAGGAGUUUCCUUCUCGUACUUGGGGCUGGGCAUUCUUUUCAUCUGUACCCUAGCCCACCUGCCUUCCUGAGCACCCGUUCCUCCAAUUAUAUUUCUGUUCUAUGGUUCCUUUCCAGCAUGAUUUAAAUAUACUUUAAUCACUCAUUCACAAAACAAACAAAACGCUCCCCAGAGGCCACUGCCAUCACCCAGCUGCCGCCACAUCUCUCUUCCUUUUCACAUGCAGGUUUCUUGCAAGAGUUACCCACACUCACUCCCUGUGUUCACUUGCAACUCCCCUGCCAUGGGCCUCCACACCCAGCCCUCUGCUUAAUCUGUCCCUGCCAGCUCUCCCAGUGACUUCUGCUAACUAAGCCAGGGCACAUCUUUUACCUCCUCCCAGCACUGCGGGACCUGACCACGCCCCCUUUACUGAGAAACCAGACCUGCCUAGUCAGGUUCCCUCCUGCCUGUCUGCUUCUCAUCCACCAGUGGGCUCCUCCUCUGCUGCCCUCUCCUCUGUCUCCAAUCCUCUUCUCACUCUGUCCACAAAGCUUCCCUCAGCCCAGCUCACGGCCCAUUGUUCCCACUGCCCUCAGUGUGCCCAUGGUCCUGGGGUGAAACCCCAGGCUCCUCAUUCUGGCCAAUGCCUGCCGACCCCUCCAACCUCAUCUCUCACCACUUCCCAUUUCUUCCUGUGCACUAGCCACAGAGGCCUUCUUCCAUUGCCUUCCUGAUCCCACUGCCAGCAGUGCCCUUCUCCCAUCUGCUUGUCCUGCCUCCUCAUUGUCCUUCAGGGAACCCUGCCCCAGCUGCCCAGUCCAGUACAGCUUUUCCUUGCUGUCAUAUCACCCUAAAAUGUCUGCAUAGCAUUUCCUACUUGAUUAUUUACUUGAAAUUGUCCUUCUCCCCCACACCCAUUAAAACAUAAGCUUUAUGGCAGAUUAUUGAGGGCUAGCAUCUAUUAAGUGCUCAAUAACCAUUUAUUGAGUCAAUGAAAGAUGACUCCUAAAUCUGUAUUUGACCUCAGUCCAUACUUCUGAGUUCCUGACUCACCCAUCCAGGUGCCACUGGCCAUCUCCUCAUGGGUGUCCCAUGGCCUUGGCAAAGUUGCCCACUCACAGCUCUGACCUCUGGCUUUCCCCACAGCCUCUGCCCUCUGUGUGCCCCAUCUUGAUGAAUGGCAACACCAGCCAGGGACCCUGAGAUGCCUCAUCCUUGAUCCCUCCACAUGCCUCACUCCCCUUCUGUUCUGCCCCCAGUACCUCUUACAAUGUCCUCUCCAUCCCCCUGCCCCCUCAUAGUCCAGGCCACACCACUUCUCCCUGUACUGCUCCAGCAGCUUCCAGACCCUUCUCUCCAUUGUGUAACUGCAUGAUCUUUUGGAAACAAAAAUAUGAUCUCGUUACCAUCACCUGUCAUAGCCAUUAUUAAAGGGUAAGCUGCUUAAUGUGUCAUACCAGCACCAUCAUAAUGUGGCCGCUGGCUAUAGCGCCGGCCUUAUUUUUCAGCAGUAUUCCCUCAAACUCUUAAGUUCUUGCCAUAUGAACUACUGCAUUCCCUGAAUAAGCCUAUUCUCUCUCACGUUAGGGAAUGUGCAGGUGCUUUCCCAGCGCCUGGGACACAGGUCAUACUCCCCACUGUCCACCCAUGUGGCUCUGCCCGGCUCUCUGCUACUCACCACCCAGGUCUGCUUGAGAGAACUUCCUUCACAAAGCCUCUUAGUCCAGAGUGCCCUGUGCCUGCCUCUCUUCUCUUCUGACUGUGUCUUUGCCUCCUGGGAGCCCGGCCCAGCAACCCCUUUGAGCCAAGAAGUGCUUGCCUGGCAUGCCAGUGGAAGGAAAUUGACUCGCCCAAGGCCUUCACUGGCCAGACCAGAGCCGAGCAGACCGAGCUGGCAGGUAUGCUUUGCCCCCAGUACCCGUCUUACUAAGAGACAUUGCUGGUUGAUUGAUUUACUGCAACCAGGCAGGUCUGAGGGCUCUCCCAUCCCACCACACUCACCAU